GAGCCUUGAGUCCCCCGCCCGCUGAGGAGAUGGAUGAGGACGGGCUUCCUCUCAUGGGGUCAGGCAUAGACCUGACCAAGGUGCCAGCUAUUCAACAGAAAAGAAUGGUGGCAUUUCUAAACCAGUUUGUGGUGCACACUGUACAGUUCCUCAACCGCUUUUCUACAGUUUGUGAGGAGAAACUGGCAGACCUUUCUCUUCGUAUCCAGCAAAUUGAAACAACUCUCAAUAUUUUGGAUGCAAAGUUGUCAUCUAUCCCAGGCCUAGAAGAUGUGACAUUUGAAGUAUCACCUAUAAGUGUCACUGGUGUCACAAAAGAAUCACAUUCUGAAACCACUUCAGAGAAAUCACAACAGAACAGUUUACAAGACUCUGGACCACAGGAAAGUGAAGUAACAACAGAAAAUAUCUUAACUGUAGCCAAGGAUCCAAGAUAUGCCAGAUAUCUCAAAAUGGUUCAAGUGGGUGUUCCAGUGAUGGCAAUAAGAAACAAAAUGAUAUCAGAAGGACUAGACCCAGAUCUUCUUGAAAGGCCAGAUGCUCCAGUGCCUGAUGGUGAAGGUGAAAAAAUUACAGAAGAAAGUUCAGACAGUGAAUCUUCUUUUAGUGACUAAGCUUAAUUUUGAUAACAGUUACAUAUACAUGUGUAGGUAUACAUUUACAUUCUAUAAGAAAGAGAACCUGACCUUGAACUUUUAGUCAUAAAAACAUCAAAUGACCAUAUAUCCACCACCAAACUUCCUCUAUGUUAAAAUAAAGAAAGAAAGAAAGAACUUAUAACCUGGCAUUAUGUCUUGUUACCAAAAAACAGGGCUGUGACUGAAAAAUAGAAUAACUUACAUAAAGUCCUAUAAGUGCUACAAAUACUAAGAUGGGCUAUUUUGGGGAUGCAGUGAGCAUUAAAAAUGAACCCAAUGUGAGUUGCCAAUCAAAAAUAGACUCAGUGUUUCUGUGAAAUGUGUAAACCUGGCGAUUCACAGACCUGUACUCCUGGGGAUAAAAAUACAUUAUAUGUUUAU